UCACGCACACCCCGCUCCCACACACACACACACAAGUGAAAGAGAAAGUAUUAUUUAUCUUGGUUUUUGACUCGACGACAUCUCGGCCAUUUCGACUACUUAACAAAUCUUCAUUAAAUACUAAAAAGAAAAUCAGAAAUAUGCUCUUCAUCAGACAGGAACACAUCAUGAGAUAUUUUCCGGUUCUCUUCGGGCUGAUCAGUUUACUGCCCAUCUCAGUUCAAGGACAAUAUAAUCUUACUGGUUCUGAAGAGAUAAAGGCACAAGUGGGAUCCGACGUUGUUCUACCAUGUCUUGUGAAGCCCCCAGUUAAUGUGAGAGAAGCUGUAGUCGAGUGGAUGUUCAACUCCAGUAAAACUGUUCACUUGUUCCGUGAUGGUGAUGACCCAGAACCUCAAGACGACAGAUACAAAGAUCGAACUUAUCUCAACCAUGCAAUGCUUGAACAUGGUAACAUUUCCCUCAAGUUGUCCAACGUAACUAAGAACGAUGAAGGGAUUUACAGCUGCUUUGUUCGCCGUCUGCCUGAUCUCUCAGAAGAGAAACAUGUUACUCUGAUUGUUGGAAAAGAAAAUGAAAACCCUGACAGUCGUUCUAAAGGACCUGAAACUGGAGUUAAUUGUUGUGUUGUUGCUGGAGUUAUUGGUGGUGGUGUUGUUGCAGCAGCACUCAUCAUCCUCAUCUUCAUCACAUACUGUGUUAUACGUCGCUGCAGAGGUGAACAAAUUUUUCCAUGCUGCUGCAACAAGUCUCAAAAUGAACAAGGGAGAAAUGAUGGUGGUAUGGAAAUGGAACCACUCCAGAAUCGCAGAGGAAAUGGUAACCAAGGAGAUGAAGCUGAGCAAAGACCUUUACAGAACCUGGAACAACCAAACCAAAAUGUGUGAAUCAUCCAUCCUGAUCUGAAAUCUCUUCAACCUCUUGUUGGUAUGAAAACUGUUACAUGUGUAGAACUGUGAAUAAUAGAAAAACUGUCUGACUAAAACCCAAAAGCAAAUCCUUCAUAUUAGAUCAAAGAUUUAAUCAUCUUUUUUUGAGAUAAAAAAAGGAUGAAGAAUCAUGUAAUUUAAAAAAUAACAUUUUAUGUCCAUAACUGUUUCUGUAGUUUAGAGUCUUACUCAGAUUUUGAUGAUUGAGUUUUAUUGAAAAGUAUUUUUAAUACAUGAAAAUGUUGACAGACUUGAUCCCCAGCUUGUGCCAACAAAAGGUUUUUAAUUUAAUUUCUGUCAGUGAAUCUUAUUUUUAAUGCUCACACUCUAGUUACAUAAAUAACCAAAUAUUUAGUGAUUUUAUUAUGACUUUGUAGUUUUUCAAUUUAUGAAUCAGCAGUGAAUUCAUUAGUUCACCCACAUUCACAUAGGAACAAAUCACCUGAAUAUUUCUAUGUUCAUCAUCAUACAGUGAAUGUCAAAAAAGAACAUUUUGAUACUAUUUUUUUAUAAGCAUCCUUGUAGUUACAUUAUGUAAGAUUGUUAUUAAAUAUGUUCUCAUAACAUAGAAAAUUAAAGAAAAUUAUAAAUUCAUCAAUUACUUUGAAAAUAGGCCCAUAGACCCAACAGAUAAUAACAAUACUAACUUGAUCUUGUAAACCAGCUGUAGUGACUUUUUCAUUCCAGACACUCAGCUUGAGGAGGUAGAGAAGUUUUGUUGAUGAAUAUGUAUUAUGGUCUGGUCAGCGUAAAGACUGUGUUCAUAAUUAGCUUUGCCACAUGAUUGGUGAUGAGUCACCAUGGGGGAAACACAAACCAUACAAACACAAACUAUAAGAUCAGAACAGAAAGAAAUGUCUCAUAUUUCUGGACUCAGUGGAGGCUUAGAGCUGAGCUUCUAUAGCCUGGACCUGGUAAAUGAAUCACCUGUUCAUUUCAGUCAGGUUCAUGGAAGCAGGGAGAAAAUGCAGGACAAUGAGUCCAAAGUCCAAGGCUGAGAAACGUUGAUUUAUGGUGAAGUAAAUCAAACUCUUCAGGCUCCCAGAGUCACUUAAUUUGGGCCAGUGUUCUGUUGAGAUUAGUCCAUUUGACAUUUAUAGUUUCAAACCGAUGAGCCUUUUUAUAUUCAUCAGCUUGAACUGAGCCUGACUUAAAAUGGCUGUUUAAUGUAGGAAUAAAUGGCUGCUACAAAGUUAAAGACUGUGAAUAAAAUGGUUCUCCUUAUGUUUUAUACUUCCUACUAACAUCUCAGAAAUCAAAUGGCUCUUAUUUUAAAAAACAGGUUUUUCAAUUAGCCAACAUCUAAAUCCAACAUGGCGGCUCCCUGGGUUGCAACUCAAACCUUUCUGGAGAGAUUGAAGCUGUUCCUCUAUUUCACACUUUGAUUCUCUGCCCAGAAAAAGGAAAAUGAAACUGCAAUUCAUUUUCAAUAGCUGCAUAAUUCAAAUAGAAACUGUAAAAACUUAUCAAUGCAGGAUUUUUUUUAUAACUUAAAAAAUAAAAACUAAUAACAAACAAAUUACUUUCUACUAAGUAAAGAUUUUGGGGCCUGAAUUAAAAGGUGUUUGUUAGAACUAAGUCAUUAUUAAAAAAACAUAUUUAUAGUAAGAGGCUUUUGUUGACUUUUGUAAAUAAUAUAUAUUAUUUGUAACAGAAUCUGAUAUUCUGAUAUUUUGAUUUUGUCUGGUGGAGUUUUGCUGUGCAACUCAAAGUAAAACUGGAGGGAGACAUCUAGUGGUUAAGUCAGAGUAUCCGUCCGUCCAUCCUUGUCCCUAGUGGGGUCAGGAGGUGCUGGUGCCUUAUCUCUAGCGGACACUUUGGGUGAGAGGCGGGGUCACCCUGGACAGGUCGCCAGUAUGUCACAGAGGUCAGAGUAUUACUCUGACAAAUCACAAGUCUUUAUUGGGAUGUUGAUGCCAAAUUUAAUAGAAAAUGUGAAACAUGAUUUUCCUCAGAACUACUACAGUUCAGUUUAUCUUCUAGUUGUUCAUUUGUCCUAAACACUAUAAACUGCUGUUGUCACAUUAAAUAUGUAAAAAGUCAAACUUUAUAGUGCAAGUUAUUAUUAUCACAUUAUUCAAAGUGCUAAACAAUAAAGAGUUAAAAACAAUACAGAUCAAACAGUUAAGACACAAAGAAACUCAAUAAAAAUAUAAUAUAAAAUUAAUGCAUAUAUAAAACAGAGUGAACAUAAAUGUCUUUAAUUUAGCUUUAGAAUCAUUCAAAGAACAUUCCUGCCUGAUGUGUUAAAAACAGACUGUUCCUCAUGAUGAUGGGGCACAAAAGGAGAAAACAUUUUCUCCAGACGGUUUUAGGACUUUUUAAAAGCUCAGAGUCUUGAGAUGAGAGAACAUGAGAUGGAACAUAAAGCUGCAGAAGAUCAGAAAACUUUAAGUUUUGUAAAUGAGCAGCAAAACAUUAAAGUCUGUUUGAACCUAAAGCAACCAGUGAAAAGAUUACAGAAGUAGAAAUGUGAACAUAUUUCCUGGUUUUGGUAAAAUACAAGCUUUGAAUCAUCUGCAGAUCCAUAAAACGUUUCCUCAGUAACCCAGAAAACAGAGAAUUGCAGGAGUCAAUGCAUGAAGACACUAAUGGGUGGAUAUGAACAUCUGCAUUUUUAAAUGAUAAAACUUUUAAAUUUACCUAAAAACAUUUAAGUUUAGAAAUGAUCAAAGCUGGUCCUUGUUACCUCUUAAAUGAGAAGGAUUGAACCACAAACCCAAAUUAUUGACCUUAUUCCUGCAUUUUAUGACAAAGUUGUCAAAUUUUAAAGUAAAACUUUGGAACAAGUAGUGAAGUUUCUGAGCUGCAACCUAAAUGCAGAUAAACAGACCUCAAGAUAAGACAAGUCAACACAGUUUUCAUAUAUGAAAGACACAAACCUGCAGAUCAUCAGAUCAACAUUAAACAUGCACAGAAGAAAACCAUUAGAUUUAUUAAUAUAUAUAAACCUGUUUGUGGAUAAACUCUGUGCACUUUUUUUUUUUUACCAAAGUUUCAACUCAGGGAGAAACUUUCAGAGAUUAAUGCAGGGCAUAUACUGUGUAUGUUUACAUUUGUAUAUUGUUUAUGUCUGUGUAGGUUUUACCAGCAAACAAUGAAACUGUCUUUGAAUCCUGAGAUGAACUAAUUCAACUGUCUUGAUGAGCAGCUAUUAAAUUGUAAUUUUAGAAGAUUUUGUUGUUGUUUUGGCCUCCUGGUAACAAAAAAGGAAAAAGAUAUGUAAAUGAGAGCAGCUUUUUUAUUAUCAGAAAACAGAGAAAAGAAAAAAGACACACAUCCUAAACUGUUAAAUGUCCUGCUACCUUGGACAUAACAUUCUGACAUUUAACAAAUUUUGAGAUGUUGAUGCUUUACAAAACACAGAGAGUAAAUACAAACAUAUCAAUAUUUCUACUAAACCGACGGGAAACUCACAGUUUUGACAGUGUUUCUAGCCUGAGAACAAAAAACGGAAAAGAUGAAAGAUUGUCAAAUUCAUUUAUUUCUUUUGGGACUGUAGAAAAGAGCAGUGAAAUUCCUAUCAUUAUAGUAAGCAUCAGGAUUAUUUUAUUUGCUUUAUCCUCAGACUAAUAAAAUGGCUUUAAUGCGAAGAAAAAUCUGUAAAACUUUAUUUGACGGGUGGGGAAGACUGACAUGACCCUGUCAUGAACCUGAAGGAGUCUUCAUGAACGUCUAUGACUGUUGUCAUGAAGUGUCAUUCAAUAAAUAAUGACACGUUUGAUAUAAACUUGCUCUAAAAGUUGCUUUAAAAGUUCCAUCUUUGUAUUAUUUUGUAAAUAAUGACAUUUUAAUGCAAAGUUGUCAUUU